UUCUUCCCUCCCUUCACACCAAGCAGCCCCUGACAGACAGAUAGGGACAGACAGGCAGGGCUGGUGAGCGUGUGAGUGACUGUGCUAAGAGAUAACCAGAGUUCGUCUCAGGAUGCCAGCGUACGCCACCAACAUGAGGAUGAAGUUUCCCAUCGUGGCCUUGGCUUUGGAGAUCGUCACCAUCAUCCUGUUCGCAGUGUUUGUGGUCUAUGAUGAUGGGAAACGAACCAAGCCCAAACACGGGCACGAACACGAGAAACCCUCCAAUGAGACGCGUCCUGAACUGAUCCGCUUCGAACUCUACCCAAUGUUUCAGGACGUCCACGUCAUGAUCUUCAUCGGCUUCGGGUUCCUCAUGACGUUCCUGAAGAGAUACGGCUUCAGCAGCGUGGGCAUCAACCUGCUCCUGGCGGCCUUCGGCCUGCAGUGGGGAAUCCUCAUGCAGGGCAUCUGGGACAUGGACGGCGGCAAGAUCAAACUCAACAUCUUCAAAAUCAUCAACGCAGACUUCAGCACAGCCACAGUCUUGAUCUCCUUUGGUGCUGUUUUGGGUAAAACCAGCCCUGUGCAGCUCCUCAUUAUGACCAUUCUAGAGAUUUCCAUCUUCUCCAUCAAUGAACAUCUGGUGGCUGAAAUCCUCCACGCUAAUGAUGUUGGGGCGUCGAUGAUCAUUCACGCUUACGGGGCCUAUUUUGGCCUGGCAGUGGCUCGAGUUCUUUACCGGCCAGGUUUAAGAAACGGACAUGAAAACGACGGAUCUGUUUACCACUCUGAUCUGUUUGCCAUGAUUGGAACAGUGUUCUUGUGGAUGUUCUGGCCCAGCUUUAACUCGGCCAUCGCUGAUCCGGGCUUCAGCCAGUUCCACGCCGUGAUCAACACCUACCUCUCCCUGGCUGCCUGUGUGCUCUCUGCUUACGCCAUCUCCAGCCUGGUGGAGCACAAAGGCAAACUGGACAUGGUGCACAUUCAGAAUGCCACCUUGGCUGGAGGCGUUGCCGUGGGAACGUGUGCUGAUAUGAGCAUUGGACCAUUUGGGGCCAUGCUGAUUGGACUGGUGGCUGGCAUCAUCUCCACACUUGGCUUCAAGUUCCUCACUCCCAUCCUGGCAUCCAACCUGGGUAUCCAGGACACCUGUGGUGUCCACAAUCUGCAUGGCAUGCCUGGCAUCCUGGGCGGUCUGGCUGGUAUUGUAGCCGUGGCUCUGGGAAAGAGCAAGAAAGGUACUGCCGCCAUGCAAGCUGCUGCUUUGGCUUCGUCCCUCGGGUUCGCUUUGGUCGGCGGUGCUGUUACAGGUUUGAUAAUGAGGCUGCCCUUCUGGGGACAACCUCCAGACCAGAACUGCUUCGAUGACUCUAUUUACUGGGAGGUUCCUGAGGAGGAGGAGGAGAAUGAGGAGAGCCUGGCUCAUGCAGAUCACUCCAAGAACAAAGCAGAAGCUUAAAUAUCUGCCCACAGUCCUUUCACAGGGAUCGUAACUCAUCUGCACUGUGGCCACAUGUAUUAAAUUUGUUGCUUAUGUGAUUGAAGUUUGGAGAAGAAAAAAAAAAGCCACAUGCAUUUUACAAUUACAAUGAUUUUUUUUUUUCACAUUUUCCCCUAAAAAAUAUCUUUACACAAAAUAUUUUUCAUAAUUUAGCUUGAAUCUGUAAUCCCAUGUGACACAGAGAGCUUCGGAGGAAAAAAAAAAACACGAGUGAUGGAUGCAAUUUAGAAAAAAAAAGAAAACAAUACACUUCAGGGAUUUUCUUAAAAUAAGCUUUGAUUACUGAAUCAUGGACCACCAUGUAAAAUACAGGAGUUGCUCCACAGCUUGACUGUUGAUACACAACUAUAUGUAUACGCUUUUCUUUAUGCCAUGUUAUAUUAUAAAGCGCAUAAAAGCAUGUUUUAAGAUAUUAGCAUAAUCAUCAUGUUUCCCAUAAUGCCUCACAGAUCAUUUCAUAUUUUCAGAGAGGAUGUGAAGUGGGCUCUGAUCCGCUGCUUGGCGUUACCUCACUGGAGCCCAGUCCUCGUGCGAGGAGUCUGAGCCGACCACAGCGCGGCUCUGACGUGGGCAGGGAUAGUCGUAUGAUGCUCCUGCAACUAAUGAACCUUCGUAUCACUUCUCUCCUGUUAAUUUCAAACAUUUUCUGUCUCUGUGACGGACAGCUGUAGAGUUUCAGCGUUCAGCUGGCUGUCAUUAGGUUUGUGUUUAAAUCUGUUUUCUGCUUGCAGCAAAAGCAUUCUUCCAUGUACAUACAGUUUAUAUCUUAAAAUGGAUUGACGUAGUCAGUUUUAUCCAUGGAAAAAAGUCACUGGUACUGAACAUUUUUCAGAUAUCUUCAAACUAAUUCAACCACAAGCUACGUACUGGCAAGAGAUCCAAGUAUGACAAUGAACUGUUCUAUCAAAACCUAUCAGUCGGCUUUUGACCUCUUUGUUGGAAAGGACUAUUUCUGAGAUUGUUUUUUUUUCAAGGAAGGUGAAACAAAUCAUUUAUAUAUCAUAGGAUCAGAACUCACUCUGUCAUUAUUGUUUUAAGCUGCAUCAACAUGAUGUAGUGAUGAACAUGAGUUUUACGUGUUUAUCAUCCAAACACAGAUGAAACUGACUACAAUAAUGUUCUGGUUUUUUAAAUGUUUUAUGAUGACCAGGAGACUGAAACACAUCAAGAUUUUGUAUUUUUAUACAGUUGAUGUAUGCUUUUUUUGUAUAAUAUACUAAUACUGUUAUAAUAAAUGUGUUUUUGUACAAUG